CUAUUGCCUUAACUUUUUUUUCCUUUAUAUCAGAAAUUAUCAAUAAUAUCAUCCAAUGGCGAAUGACUUGCCUCAAUCACAUAGCUCACUUUUACUCAACUGUUGUGUUUAUGGUACACUACCCCCAGAAGCUGAUAGUGAAGGGAAUAUAGAAUACAAGCUUAAAUUAGUCAACCCAUCUGUUGAACGCCUAGAACACUUGGUGACUCAAAUGAAGUGGAGAUUAGCGGAAGGAAAUGGGGUAGCCAUUUAUGAAAUAGGCAUAGACGAUGAUGGAACAAUCAAAGGUCUUAGUCAAGAUGAAUUAAACUGCUCCAUAAACAAUCUUCGUAAAAUGGCCAACUCCUUAAAUGCUGAUAUUAGCUCCACUCAAGAAAUCAGCUUGAGCCAACUAGAUUUGAAGAACCCUCAAGCUGGCAAAUCAAAAAAUCAUAAAGUAGCAGAAGUUGUAAUAAGAAAGAAACUUACAGAUGAGGAUGAUGGACAGCAUUUUACAGACCUACGGAUAGUCCUGGUAGGUGCAUUGGGCGCAGGCAAAUCAACAUUAAUAGGCCACAUCUGUCAUGGUGCCAAAGACAAUGGACAGGGGAAGGCAAGGUUAAAUUCAAUGCGACAUCGACAUGAAUUGGAGUCCGGCAGAAGUUCUUCUAUCUCACAUGAGAUCAUUGGAUAUGAUGCAGAAGGCAAGCUUAUCAACUACGCCACAACCAAUAUCAAUACUUGGGAACAAAUUUGUGAAUCAAGCCAUAAGAUAGUGACCUUCUUGGAUACAUGUGGAUAUCCAAAAUACUUUCGUACAACCAUGUCAGGCCUUAUGGGCUACGCCCCAGACUAUGCAUGUUUGGUCAUUGCGGGUAAUGCAGGUACCGUGACAGGUAUGACAAAGGAACACCUCUCCAUUGCCGUGAUGUUGGAUAUACCCGUAUUUGUUGUGAUCACAAAGGCUGAUACCGCCACUCAAGCACAGCUCACAAAUACUCUAUGCUCACUCUUAUCCGUCUUGAAGUCACCGUGGAUGAGCAAGGUGCCGGUGGUGAUACAGGGCGAAAAUGACUUGGCCACAUGUACAUCGCAGUUCUCUCGUAGAGGGCCUGAAUUACCUAUAUUUAUGGUGUCAAAUGUCACUGGUGCCAAUAUGGAUUUACUAUUAAAAUUCAUACAUCACCUGCCGCAGCCAGCAAGGAUGGGAUAUGAUGAAUUAUUAGAAGAAUCAAUAGAAUUUCAAAUAGAAGAAGUGUAUAAUAUACCAGAUGUUGGCAUUGUAGUGGGAGGAGUACUUGCUCAGGGACGAAUCAAUGUAGGAGAAAAUAAGCAAUACAGUCUUGGCCCGAAUUCAAAGGGAGAAUUCAUAAAAGUAAAAGUGACGUCCAUUCAUCGACAUCGGAUACCUGCACGUUAUGUUCACUGCGGGCAGGCAGCGACCCUUGCUCUAGAAGCUGUUGAUGGCGACAUAUGGAAACUACAUAAAGGAAUGGUCUUACUGGACACGGACGAUCCGCAGAGUUUUUUUGAAUUCGAAGCAGAAAUUAUGGUUCUUUACCAUGCAAUUAGUGUUUCUGCAGGCACUCAUGGUAUGAUCCAUUCAGGGUCUAUUCAACAGCAUGCUAGGGUGAUAUCUAUAGAGAAUUUGAGUGUUCGACGCAUUGAAACUAUGGACAUGAAAGAUGAUCAGACACUGUCACCGUCCACGAAUGGUUCUUCUAUUCCUUCAGGAUAUCAAGGACGAUGCACUUUUAGAUUUAUACACGAGCCGUGCUAUCUUCGAAUAGGCUCUCGUGUGUUAUUUAUGGAGGGGACAUCAAAGUGUAUAGGAAAAGUCACUCGCUUGAUACGCCAUAGACCAAACUCUACUUCAUAAUAAAGCAUAACAUGCGCCUAGUAUAAUAACUAUCUACCGCGCAAUCCUUUUGUUCGUCUCAGACGCAGAGUUGUCAACGUAAAUGGAUGAUAGUAUUAUUUUCGUCUUUCUUUCUUUUUGUACAAAAAAAAUCAUGGAGGUAUCCACUCCUAACAGCCUUGUAUGGAUACUACCUGCUUCUGAAGCAGACAUAAAGUCCUCGACCUAUUAUACAGCUAGAGAGGAGAGCAAUAGGCUUUCAUUAAAAAGUAAACAAAAUAAUUAAUGCUAUGCUAUGUUAACCUAGACCACUUUCAAGAUAGCCACAACAUGA